GACGUAUUGUGCACACGUGAUUGUAAACAUGGACGCCUGCUGCUGAAAGUCAUGCGACAGCUCUUGGUCAUAAAUUCUGUUGUUGCAUUUCGAUGUAUUUAAUUAAAACAUAGCUAAUAGACAUUUCUCUUGAUAUACACUGACAGCAAUAUUGCCAUGGACCCCGACGGACAACUUCGAAAUUUGCGGGACUUUCUCCUCGUUUACAAUCGCAUGACGGAAAUCUGCUUCCAGCGAUGCACAAGCAACUUUAACUACAGAAAUCUGACAAUGGACGAGGAGAGUUGUGUGGACAAUUGUGCUGGUAAGUUGAUAAGGACCAAUCACCGUUUGAUGGGCACAUACGUGCAGCUGAUGCCUGCAAUGGUGCAAAAGCGGAUGCAGGAGAUGGAGAGCAAAGCUGCAGAAGUUGCAAAAGCUGAAGCUGCAGCACAGGAAGCAUCAGCAUUAGAAAGCCCAUCUACUGUCUUGACAGACACACCACCUGUGUCUACAUCAGUCCUGGAGAUCCCUGCUACAUCCUCUCCAGUGAUGGAGAUGCCCUCUGCCAAAGCUGAUCAUGUUUCAACAUCGGAGCUUGAGGCACCACGAGUUCCUUCAGCUCAUAAUGAUCCAUCAGAAAUUAAGACAGCAGCUAAGAAUGGCUCCGGAUUUGGAGGAACACCUUUGAUUCUAGAGCAAGCAACAGAAACAGCAAAGCUGCCUGACCCAUCCCUGUCAACAAGUGAAGCAUCCUUGUUAGCGGUAUCUGCAGUUACAAAUAACACUCAAUCCUUUACGAGUGAGUCUUUAGAAGGACUGGUAACUGCGCAACCAGCUAUCUCAACAUCUUCAAGUUCUACUGUACCAUCACUUAAAGUUGAUGUAGGUUCUGUCUCAAGAGCAGUAGCAGCUAUCCCAGUAGAAAAACUUGAUCUAAAGCCCAGCAGUGUAACAACCACAUCUGUCCCGGAAAAACCAUCUACAGGACAAAACUCCAACAACUCUUGAUGGUGAUCACAGAGAAGCUAUAUCUAAGAGAUGCUGUUUAUGCUGCACUGAUGAAUUUCCCAGAGCAUAUGCAGUCUUAAAAGCCUAGAGUUACAAAAGUCUUCUAAGACUGUUGACCAUUCGCAGUAGGGUGGGCUUCAUAAAUGAUAUUUAAAUACCUCUAUUACAACAUUGAAUAACAAUGUAUUGCUGGUCAAAUUGUGAACUCUGUCUUUUAAUAAAAAUGAAUCUUGU